CACACUCUUUAGUAAAUUAGUUCGCUUAGUUCUCACUUUCGGCUGACGCAUAAAAACAAUAAAUUAUUUUAGAAUAUUUAGUGAUCAAAAUUAAAUGGCAAAUCUAGUGGCGAGAUUAACGGUGAAGAGCCGUCCCUUAAUUAAACAAGGCGCGUGUAGGACAUUUUCCAGCCGUACAGGUGGUUUUCACACAAGAAACUUAAAUGGUCAGCGCUAUUGUUUUUUAAUUGGCGGUAGUGCUGCUGCUCUAUUGGCGGCAUUUAUCAAAUUUCGAAGAUCGGAGAAUACUGUGAAUGCGGCUAGCAUGAGAAAACGUAUACAACGCGAUGAAAACGAUGCAGAACUUGUCAAAUUAACAGCCCGCGAGAGGCGUUUCAUCAAAUUUGCAUCCGUGGAAUAUGAUGAUCAAUUGUACAUGACGCCACAGGACUUUCUCGAUUCAGUUGUGGAACAAGAACCCAGACCCCGCUUGAAGCGCCGUCAAUUGAGCACUGAAGAAUUGGAGAAGUAUAAAGACCAAACUCCAGCCCUCAAAAAGGGUUCCACUCGUCUAUUUCGGAAUUUAAGAGAUAAAGGCAUUGUAUCAUAUACGGAAUAUCUAUUCCUGCUGUCCAUAUUAACAAAACCGAAAUCUGGUUUUCGAAUUGCUUUCAAUAUGUUCGAUACUGAUGGUAAUCAACGUGUGGAUAAAGAUGAAUUUCUUGUGAUAAUUUCCAUAUUGGCUGGAGCUUUCAAACAUAUGCAAAAUGUUGAUCCACAAACCAAGCGAAUUCAAUCGCGAUUAGUUUCCUUUGAAGAGCAAAACCAACUAAGGAAUCCCACAAUAGCCUUAGCUGGAUCCGGACCACCAGCAAAGGGCAAGUUGGGUCUAAUGGAGCGCAUUUUCAGCGGCGCUUGGAAAGAAAAACAUGGUGGCGAUGAAUUGCCCGAGAAUAUUGGUAGCGAAAAUACCUUACAAUCCCCCGUUGAGUCUUCACGCUAUGUCGAUGAUGGUGAGGGCCUGCAGCGUCGCCAUGUGGUACCAACAACCCUGCAGCUUCAUUUCUUUGGCAAGCGUGGAACUGGUGUCAUUAAUUAUGAUAAUUUCUAUAAUUUUAUGGAUAAUCUACAAACCGAAGUACUCGAAUUGGAAUUCCAUGAAUUCUCCAAGGGCAAUCAUAUUAUAAGUGAAUUAGAUUUUGCCAAAAUAUUGCUACGUUAUACUUAUUUGGCGACCGAUGAAUAUGAUAUAUUUCUGGAUCGCCUGCUCGAACGUGUGAAGGAAGAGAAGGGCAUUAAAUUUGAUGAGUUUCGUGAUUUUUGUCAUUUUCUCAAUAAUCUUGAUGAUUUCACGAUUGCCAUGCGUAUGUAUACGCUGGCCGAUCGAGCCAUUUCAAAAGAGGAAUUCUCACGCGCUGUUAAAAUCUGCACCGGUUAUAACCUAAGUCUGCACUUGAUCGACACUGUGUUUGCCAUUUUCGAUGAGGAUGGCGAUGGACUGUUGUCCUAUAAGGAAUUCAUUGCCAUUAUGAAGGAUCGUCUGCAUCGUGGCUUUAAAUCGGUGGCCAAAUCCGAAGGUUGGGAUGCCUUUAAAUACUGUGUACGGCAGGAAAUGAAAACCCUCAAGAAGUCCUCCAGCUAAAUAUUGUAAAAAAAAAAUAACGAGCAAACUUAAUGCCAAAAAAAAAGCACAACAACAAAUUUAUGUUUAAUCAAAAAUUUCUUCUAGUUACCAAAACUUUUCUUCUAAAGAACAAAACUGAAAAUCUCCUAUAUUGUUGAAUUUUUUAUAUCAUUUAUAAAUCAAUUGUUAAACAAAACCAAAAAUUUAGUGUAGAACUGAAAAUAAUUUUAUGUGCAAUAUACGAGAGUGAAGUUUUCAGUAAAACCUUUUAAGAAAACUUUCUAGUUACUCUCAUAUCAAAAUUUGCUUAAUUAUAUGUAUUAAAAAAUAUUUAUUGUUUGUUCUUUUAUAGACAUUUUUGUCACAUUGUUAUCUGGCAAACAAAACAGCAUAUAAGAAAUACGAUUUAGACAAAUUUUAUAAUGAAUAUUUUCUUUUAUUAUAAACAAAAUGCAAGAAUAAAUUCGCACUAAUCUUUCGGAA